CCGUCCCAUGAGCCUUUGCGAGUUUACGCCUCGAAACGGUAAAAUCAAUGUGCUGCUGCGUUGCUGUCCACUGACUGCAUCAUGCUAUUUGACAGGGAGUUUUAGGUACUCACAUGUCGUCCACGUGCACUGUAUUCGCGUUAUCCGAUUAUCAUUUAAGUGUUGUCGAGCGUUAACAUGCGUUAACCAUAAGGCGGCUGUGCUCUAAGAGCUUGCGUAGCGCGGGAGCAGCACCUGCGGGAGCAUCGCGACAGUCGCGCGUUUGACAGCACCUCUCAACCGGCUGCUGGUGCUGCUGCUACUUUUCGGGAACGGCGCCUGGUCGAAGAAGUCUAGCCAUGGAGCGUACUACUCGGUGCUGCUGCGUGCCUCUGUGCGGCUCACGUCCUGCACCAAGUUUCAUCGCGUACCACCCACUGCCUUUGGAACCGCGCGUACGCCAGGCGUGGAUCGAGUUCGUGCGUUCCUGUCCCAGAGGCGGCGAGCGCGAAUGGGCGCCUCCACAAUCCGGCGAGGAAGCGGCGUUCGUGUGCCACCGACACUUCGCUCUCGGCUGCUUUGAUUUCCGGCGGGAGGACGGUCGUCCGAGAGUGCUCAGGGCAUACCUGAAGGCCGAUGCCGUGCCCUCAGUCUACCUCGAUGAGAAAGGCCGGUUGGUCGCCGCCGCGGACAAGGCAGGUGCCCAGGGAAGCAGUGUUCGGGCGCAGGCCUCUUCAGUUGUCCAAGGUUCACAAGAACACAGCUGUCCAAGCACAAGCUCACAAGGCAAAACUUGUCUUGGCAAAAAGCAUCUUGUGCCAUCCGUGAUGGAGCAGCUUGUUGCAGCCAAAGUAGCUCGGAUGGAACCAGACACGCAGUCUGAAGUCAAGGCAGCUGCAAAGUCCUCAAGUACGGUUCACGCUGCUCCUUCAUCUGUGGAAGACGGCAUGCUGAAUUCGUCGAGAACAGUGAAUGUACCUGAGGUCUCCUUGUGUCCAAACCCAGGGCUGACUAAGAAAGAAGUCUCACAGGGCAGAAAACGUACCAGGAGCAAGCGGCAAGCAAGCUCUGCCAUGAGGCAGCACGUCAUGGCCAAAGUUGCUCGACUGCAAGCAGGCAUGCAGGACAAAGUUGAGGCGGCUGCUAAGUCCACAUCGUGCUCUGUCAGAGCUGGUCCUACAUCUUUGGAAGGCUGUGUGGAAAACACCUCCAAGAGCACGCAGGCCACUGGAACUUUGGAUGCAUCCGAGGUUGCCUUGAAUGCAGACACGGAGGAGCCAGCUGAAGAGAAAGCUUUGGAGUGGUGUCCAGCGGGACUGUCUUCAUGUGACCGUGUCCGUUGGCCUGAUGCUGUGACGAGCAAUCUCAUAAGCAUUUGGGAAGAUUACUUCCCUAAACUCAAUUCCAACACGGAGGACACAUCCCUUUACGAGGAAAUGGUUGCAAAGCUCAAUGCUGGACUUUCACCUGGUGAUGCAUUGUAUACGGCUAAGCAAGUUCUGGUCAAGAUAAACAGGUUGAAGAAAAAUUAUUGGAAGGAGAAGCAUAUGGGCUGCGCAAGGGUGUCCAGUGGUCAAAAGUGGUCCAUCCGACUUCACAGUUUUCUUGGAUCAUUGCCAGACAAUGAUAACGAUCAGCUCGUGGAUCAGAAUGUGGAGAUCAAAGUGGCGGCCGAAGAACAAGAGGAAGUUCAAGCACCUCCAUUGCUUGACCAAGGUGCAGACAAAGCAAAGCGUUUGGGUAGCAGAGAGAGCGAGUCAGACAUGGCCGACUUUUUGAGCUCAACUAGCGACUCGCAGGAGUCAUCAGGUGUGACGACCAGAGAAAGCAAUGGCAGCAACGAGGACGGUGUCAGCAACGCUGCCGUGAAGCGAAGCAUCCGCAGAGGAGUCUCCAACUCUUUCCUGUGGCAACUUGUAGCAAUUCAGAAGGAGUCGGCAAGGCGGGCAGCUGAAGACAACCUCAGGCACCUGGAGAUGAGGAACAAGAUGCUCAAACUUCAGGAGGAAUCCACUCGCAUGAACACAAAAAUGAUGGAAAUUCUAAACAAUUACUUUACUUCGGAAGGUAAUAAAGAAUAGCAUCUGUGGUC